UCUGUUACACAACUGUGUCUUUCUUCAUUCUGCCCACAGCUCUUCGCCGGCAUUUUACUUUAACAAGGUUUUAACUGUGUUAUUUUAAUAUUUAAACCCCUAGAAAUGAGUGGGGACCAUUCCCACAACGAUUCCCAGAUCGACUCGGGAUCCAGAUAUAAUGAUUCUCACAAGCAUAAGGAUAAAUACAAGGACAAAGAACACAAACACAAGGACCACAAGAAAGACAAGGAACGUGAGAAACCAAAGUACAGCAACAGCGAACACAGGGACUCCUCGGAAAAAAAACACCGAGAUAAAGAGAGACCAAAGCUCAAAGAUGGGUCCUCAGACAAGCAGAAGGACAAAUACAGAGAGAAGAAAAAGGAGGAAAGGUCUCUCGAUGGCAAACCCAAAAAAGAGAAGGAGAAUGGAUUUGGAAGUCCUUAUAUUAAAUCUGAACCUGAGAAUGACGACUUCUACCACUCGCCCAAACACGAAAAGUCCCUGAAGAGAGAGCGCGACGAUGACGAUGCCGAGUUCAAGCCCAAAAAAAUUAAAACCGAGGAUAUUAAAAGUGAAAAGAAGGCAAAGAAAAGGAAACAGGAAGAUGAGGACAUUAAGCCCAAAAAGAAGACGAAAGACAAAAAAGGAGAAGUUGCCACAGAUGGCAAGAAAAAAGCAAAGAAGGAGCCAGAAGAGAAGUGGAAAUGGUGGGAGGAGGAGAGAUACACAGAUGGUUCCAAAUGGAGGUUUCUGGAACACAAAGGUCCCGUCUUUGCUCCACCUUAUGAACCUCUACCCAGCAACGUCAAAUUCUAUUAUGACGGAAAGCACAUGAAGCUCAGUCCUGAUGCCGAGGAGGUGGCAACGUUCUUUUCAAAGAUGUUGGACCAUGAAUACACCACCAAGGACAUAUUUCGGAAAAACUUCUUCAAAGACUGGAGAAAGGAAAUGACAUCUGAAGAAAAAUCCAAAAUCACAGACCUAAAUAAGUGUGACUUCAUUGAAAUGAGUGAAUAUUUCAAAGCUCAGUCCGAAGCCAGGAAGUCAAUGACUAAAGAAGAUAAACUGAAAAUUAAAGCGGAAAAUGAGCGUAUUCUUCAGGAGUAUGGCUUUUGUGUCAUGGACAAUCACAAAGAACGCAUCGCCAACUUCCGUAUUGAGCCUCCGGGCUUGUUCCGCGGCAGAGGUGACCAUCCGAAAAUGGGCAUGCUGAAGCGUCGGAUCAGACCUGAGGAUGUUAUCAUUAACUGCAGCAAGGACUCAAAAAUUCCUAAACCACCACCUGGAACUAAGUGGAAGGAGGUGCGUUAUGAUAACAAGGUGACGUGGCUGGUGUCCUGGACUGAGAACAUCCAAGGCUCGAUCAAAUACAUCAUGCUGAAUCCCAGCUCGAGAAUCAAGGGAGAGAAGGAUUGGCAGAAGUAUGAGACAGCCCGUCGGUUGAAGAAGUGUGUGGAAAGGAUCCGCGCGCAAUACAGGGAGGACUGGAAGUCGAAAGAGAUGAGGAUCAGGCAGAGGGCUGUUGCUCUUUACUUCAUCGACAAGCUGGCUUUGAGAGCAGGUAAUGAAAAAGAGGAAGGAGAGACUGCAGACACGGUGGGCUGCUGCUCACUUAGAGUGGAACAUCUAAGUCUGCAUCAGGAGAUGGAUGGGCUGGAAUAUGUGGUGGAGUUUGACUUCCUCGGUAAAGACUCCAUUAGAUACUACAACAAAGUCCCUGUGGAGAAGAGGGUUUUCAAAAAUCUCCAGUUAUUCAUGGAGGACAAAGAGCCAGAGGAUGACCUCUUCGAUCGCCUCAAUACCUCCAUUUUGAACAAGCAUCUUCAAGAGUUGAUGGAUGGCCUUACGGCAAAAGUGUUCCGUACAUAUAACGCCUCCAUUACGCUACAACAGCAGCUGAAUGAGAUCACAAACGGUGAGGACAAUGUCCCUGCUAAGAUCCUCUCUUAUAAUCGGGCUAACAGAGCAGUAGCCAUCCUGUGUAACCACCAGAGGGCACCACCCAAAACCUUCGAGAAGUCCAUGCAAAAUCUUCAGGCAAAGAUUGACGCAAAGAAGGAACAGCUUGGUGAGGCUAAAAGAGAACUGAAAAGUGCCAAGGCUGAUGCCAAAGUACGCAGAGAUGAGAAAUCCAAGAAGGCUGUGGAGACAAAGAAGAAAGCUGUGCAGAGGGUAGAGGAACAGCUGAUGAAGUUGGAGGUACAAGCCACCGAUCGGGAGGAGAACAAACAAAUUGCCCUGGGUACCUCCAAACUUAACUACCUGGACCCACGUAUUUCAGUAGCCUGGUGCAAAAAGUAUGACGUUCCAAUAGAGAAGAUCUACAACAAAACUCAGCGCGAGAAAUUUGCCUGGGCUAUUGACAUGGCUGAAAAAGACUUUGCAUUUUAAAUCCUGUUCGCGAUUUUAAUUCUCCCUUCACCCCCAUCUUUUUUUUAAUAGAUACUUUUAGUCCAAGCGAUUUCCAGCAGGUGGUGAACCUGUCAAGGGAAUAGAUGUGAAGCAAGCAUUGUGUCGGGAGGCAGACUGAAUGUCAUGGUUUAGGUGACUGAUUUUUAGGCUGUGACCGGUAAUCUUGUACAAUUCGUUGGUUCAGUCUUUAAAAAAAAAUGAAGGUGUGAAGGGCCAUUACAAGGUUGCGUGGUCGUGAGCCAGGAACUGGACAUUCAGUGGCUUGACCUUUUGAACACUUACUGUCUCACUUCCCCCCCCCAAUUCUGGACACAGGGGCUUGAGGAUGUCUGAACUAUGAGCUAUGUGGUCCUAUAGCUAUUGUACUCAACUACAAAUUGCUUUGGAUCGUCUCAUUUUAGUUAUGCUGUAUUUUUAGCCCUCCUGUAUUAAUAAUGAAUUCUAUAUUUUAAUAGAAGAUUUUAAAGAUCAAUGAAAUACACCCACACGCCUUUAUAGAAGAUAAUGUGUACACCAGGUGUGACGUUUUAUGGGGAAUAUGACCAUAACAAGCUGUGUGUUUGAGUGAGUUACAUGAUCUGUUCACUUUUAAACUGGAGUUGGAAGUCUGUGUAUAAACUGUUAUCUGAAUCACAAAGUAGGAUGCUUCGAUGAGCUACUGGGGACUACAGCUUCAAUCUUGACUAUAUUUCCUUAAACAGGCAGAAUGUGAAUCUUUCUUUUUUUUUUACAGCAUAUAUAUAUAUAUAUAUAUCAGGGUCUUGUUUCCAGCGUAAAUGUGAACCAAUAUUUUCCAUUUUGUCUCCGGUAUCCUUCAGCUUGUCUCCAUAGCUUUGUGUCUCCAUCUGGUUUUAACUUAAUGUGUAAUGACUGUUUCCAUAAGCAAAAGAAAAACUCCUUUAUCUGUUACUUGAAGAUAUCGCUUUUAGGAUGUAUUUGUUUCAGGGUAUGACAAAGAUAGUUUUUUUCUGAAGGGUAUGUGAGGGAAUUCAACUUUGCCAAAAACAAGUCUGUGUUAUGAUUUAAGCAGUUUUAUUUUGUAAUUGUGUCGAGAUUAAGGAUAGAAUUAUUUUAACAUGGACUUUAAUGGAAUCUUUUGUUUUUCCACUCCACUCUGGAAAGAAAAGUUGAUAGUGGCAGCCAUGUAACCUUUUCCAACUUAUUGAGCUCAUGCCAUAACCUCUGAUCAUGUGUUAUGUUUUGCUUUUUAUUCCUCAAUUGUAGAUUAUUUAAAAAUAAAUAAUCUUACAAUGAAA